GAUGUGGAUGAAUGUAGCGUUGGUGACAAUGUGUGUGGAUCGCCGGACCGUCUGUGCAGAAAUAUCCCAGGAUCAUUCGUCUGUGAGUGUCAACAAGGCACGACUCGAGAUGGAAACCAAUGUAAAGGUACUAAUUGAACUAAUGAUAACAUAUAUGCACCAUUUUAAAGAAUGUAAGUGAAAUUUAAGAAGCGGUAAAUGGUUUUACAAAUUACCGCAUGGGCCUUUUGAGACUUCUCAUCUGAUCUUGAAAUCUUGGAGGCAUUUUUGAGAGUUAUAUUACGUAUUAUUACAAAGGAAAAACUUAGACAGCAAAGAAAAGAAAGUGUGGAGAAUUGACCUCUUACCAUCAAGAUCAACUCGAUCACUGUGUAAGAGAACCAGUUUCGGAAAUACAGUCAACUCUUUCUAAGUCGGACACCUUUGGGGCCGGUACUAAGUGUCCGUCUUAUAGAGAGUCAAAUAAAGGGAGUAAAGAAAGGCAGGGAUCAACUCUAGGUGUCCGUUUUACAGAGGUGUCCGUCUUAUAGAGGUGUCCGUUAAGAGUGAGUCGACUGUAAUAGAAACUGAAUCUCUCCAGUACAGCCGUCAUUGAUGCGUAAUGUGUGCGUCAUUUUCAGAUAUUGAUGAAUGUGCCAACCCAAGAGAUGUAUGCCCAUACUUGACAGAGUGCAUUAACACAGUGGGAUCAUAUAUCUGUGACUGUAAAGAGGCAGGCUUUAAAGCAGAUGGAAAACAAUGUUUA